AUGGCUCAAAACUCGCCGUAUAGAGGCGACCCGUUUUCCACCUACUGCGCACUUUCGGGCCAACAAAGCCCCUGGUUUCGCAUUUUGGACCUGCAAACGUCGUUUGAGCUAGACCGCUUGAGAAAUUAUACUGAAAUCCUUCCGCCGUCGAUAUACCCUCCGACAGUCCCUAUCGUCCAGAAUCCGGUCUUUUGGUUUGAUUCUCAAACCAGCUCGAUAUUCUACUCCCAGGGCGCUGCGACUCUCGAGGGUGGAAUUUAUAACGUCCCAAGCCAGCAUAAUUCGGCUGUGCGUGGAAAAUCGUGGACGGCGCCCUUUAAUCCUGCGAAUAAUAGUCUUGGUCUCUGGAGAGAAAUCGACACCCCUUUCAGUGGCCAGACAGGGCCCGCAGUUAGUCGGAGGUCCUUUUAUGAUGAUAAAGCUAGGAAAGGUUAUAUAUAUGGGGGAUGGAUAGCUGGAAUUGGACCGGACGUAGUCACGGAUGGUGCGUUGACAUACGAUGCUGAAACUCUGAUCUGGGCGAACGGGACAAUACCUUAUGGUAGGAUGGACGGUCAAGGUGCUGGUGUUCCGUAUCGGACAGCGGACGGCCGUGUGAUUUCUAUUAUAUUUGGCGGUCGCUUGAAUGGGACACCGUUAUCGAUGACGACAAUCUUCAUACAUGAUAUUACUAGUAAUAAAUGGUAUCGCCAAGAUUCAAAUGGUGGCGACCCAGGCGCUCGUGGUUUCUUCUGUUCGACGAUGGUUUCCGCUCCUGACAAUUCUAGUCAUCAAAUACUAGUAUACUCUGGAGUUCCUCCAUCGGGGCCCUCGAACUACACGGAUAUUUGGGCACUAAGCCUUCCUUCUUUCACGUGGAGCCCAAUACAAGCGAACUCGCCGAUUCUCGCCCCUGGACCCGGACCGCGGCUUCAUGCAAGUUGCGACAUCGUGAAUAAUCACAUAUUGGCUGUCUUUGGUGGAAGAAAUUUUGAUGGUGGGGAUAGCAGGAACUGCGAUACAGAUGGAAACGCCCUGUUUCUAUAUAAUUUGAAUACUUUUGAAUGGCUGGAAAGCUAUGACAGCGGUGAUAGGGAGGCGUAUAGGGUGCCAAGAAGCGUGUUCAACGACAUCGGUGGCAAUUCGUCGGGUUUCGCGACGUUGACAUCUCCACCGGGGGGUUUUUCUGACCCAGAAAUGACAACGUUAUUUGCACUUACGACACCGACGUCACCUGUAGAAUCCGGUGGUGAAUCAAAUACAAAUGUGGGCGCAAUCGCUGGGGGAACAGUUGCAGGAGUUGUAGUUGUUAUUGGGCUGGCGCUGCUAAUUUUUUUCAUUCGGAGGCGAAGACCUCAGCCUCUCCCAACACCGCCUGUAGGGGAUGACCCAAGGAAGAAUACAAUCAAUGGAGCAUUCGAAAUUGGAAACUCGAAUGAACAACCUCACGUAACUCUUUAUAGUGGAGCGCUGUCGGGUGGCGAGCAGGUGAUGGAAGUUCAAGGGCAGGAAGUUAAACCCGCACCACCCCCGGUUGAGUUACCCGCUGAAAAUCUUUCAAACGCUUCCCAAGUAAAGGAUAAUAAGCGGGAGCGAAGACCACUUUUAUCCUAG